UAUUCCUUUUCUUAAGGGGCACUGUUUUCGUGUUCACGAAUCUUUUUCUAAUAAUAACUAAUAAUAAUUCCAUAAUCCUAACCUAAUCCGACUACCAAACACUUCGCCGGCAGAGAUUAGAUGCUGCCGUCGCCGUUCUCUUAUCUCUGGCGAUGAAAUCUCUCACUUCCACUUCAGCUCUACUUCUUUCUACUUCUCCGUCGUCUUUACGAUCUUCUCUCUUACCAACUCUCCGACCUCUUUAUCGAGCUCGCCUCCGUAACAAGCUUAAUCUGAGAAGAUUGAGAAAUGGAACUUGCAGGGCAGAGUUUGUAAACGAUGUGCCUUACGCCGCUGCUAUCGGUGCUUGCAUUUUGAGCUCGUGGGUUUUCCCGACUACUUACUCGGAGGAUGAUGAUGGUGAAUCCACGAUUGAUUCUGCUGAUGCAAGGUUUGCUGUCAUGGGAAUUAUCAGCAUCAUUCCGUAUUUUAAUUGGAUGAGUUGGGUUUUCGCAUGGUUGGAUACUGGGAAACCGCGUUAUGCUGUUUAUGCUCUUGUGUAUUUGGCUCCAUAUUUAAGCACCAAUCUGUCUCUAUCUCCUGAAGAUAGCUUGCUACCCAUUGCUAGCAUCCUCUUGUGCAUCUUCCACAUUCAGCUGGAAGCAUUCCAAAAAGAUGGAAACUUUCAGGUGUUGGAUAAAUUUACCGAGACUGGAACUUCAAUUGAUAGGAAGAAAGAUGUGAGAAUGAUAGAAAAGGAGGAAACAUACGAUCUUAAGAAGCUGCCUUCACCAGAUGAGAAAAGGAGGCAGGAAAUUUCUAAAAGACCUGAAAAUCCUGAGCAUUUUAAUGAAGAUGAAGAAGAUCCUAGUUCAAGGAAGCAUUAAAUUUGCCUGUUUAAGGCUGAGUUUUGACGGGUCUAACACCAAUCCUUGGAAAGAGCACAAUCAUAUGCUGAAGUGUAACUCUGUAGGUAGUUCACUGACCAAACAAUAAGCAUCUUCUGUACUCGACGGAUUGAUCUUAACGUGCUAUGAUUCAACUCUGCACCAAAUAUCUGAAUGGUCUCUUAUCAAGAUUGGACCAGGGCCUACUAUCUUUUCACAGCUAUCUUUUCACAGUCGUAGAAUGACUGCCUUAUCUGUACUGUGGGUUCCCCCCCUCAUGCUGUUUCUCUUCCUGAGUUAUAUGUAUCAAGGGAAGCUUGUAUUCUUAGUAUCUUUAUGUUGAACAGAGGUUCAUGCUGUAUUGGCAGGUCUGAGCUCAUAAAUUAUGUACCGUCCUCGUGAAGAAUUUGUUUAGGUGUUUUUGAUCUGCAA